AUGGAGGAAAGCUCGGAACGUCCUGAACCCAAGGAUAGGGGACGAACACCCUCGUCGGGCAUACAGCAGCAAAUCGGACGUGGUCGUUCCCCAGUACCGGGAAGGGCCCGAUCACCGCGUUCUAGGUCAACUAAGAGGAAGGGCGCAAAGCCAACACCAACUGAGGCCGGAGCUAGUGCCGGUACAGAAAGGGACCCCUUGGGAUCUCUCUCAGGCACCACCCUCCAAGCAACAGUGUCUAGUAUUCUGUCAAAAACCCGAGACGUGAUGGGGGACCCUGGAAGUGAUACCGGCAAUGAUACCACUCCAACUGAUAACGACAACUCGGACUCCGAGGACAGCGAACAAGACCACAAAGAGAAAAAGGGCAAUCGCAGAGACGAAAGCGACAGUACCAAACUCCAAGAAGAUGACAACACCCAGUAUGAUGAGUUUCAAAAGAUGCAACCGUUCACGAACCAAGCAAGCUUUCCCGUUUCUGAGAAAUCCAUCGAGUGUGAUUGCUUUAACGAGUCCCUUCAAGAUCUUGUCGCAUGCCUUGGGCGAAGCAACACCGGGUGGAUUAGUAUCGACUGUCUCGGGAGAAGGUGGACUUCAGAGAGUAAGGAGAGCAAGAUAAGGACCACAGUAGUGGUUAGCUUCUCGGAACUUCCCGACCGGGCCGAGGAACUCAGAAGGGACCUUCAGAUGGCCAUGAAGGGCAAUGGUCUCCCCGUCGAGCUUAUCCAGGGAAAGGUCGUCAGAUACGUCGCGAACCCGUUUGGAGUCUUAGAGCCACAGACCCCCUUAGUCUGCGGCUCCUCUUGCGCGCCACAUGGGGUUCUGGGAGCGGGCACAGUCGGUGGUUUCAUCACCAUCGAUGGAGACCCGGACCCCGCCGCGGUUUACGCAGUCACCAAUCACCAUGUGGUUGUCAAAGGCGAUGAUAACAACGAGAAGAUACCCUGGACGACGGAACAGAAUAUUGAGUCGCAUCUAGGCCUGACUGAGCAACAGUGUGAGGACUUGGCGGAUCUGGGUCUCGAUAGGUAUGACAGGACAGGCAUUCAUGCGAUUCUAUCACGUCUAGGCUCUUUGAAGCCCAUACCACAAAGAACGUAUGGCAACGACCGCAAGUCCUACCUCAUUCACCUGGCUAGGCAGUUCUUGAACUAUUGGAACGAGCAUCUCACGGACCAUCAAAUCGGCCAACAGAGACGAAGGCAAAUGCGUCAGUCAAUUCGGCAAGAGAUUUCACAAUUCUGGGUUCCUGGGCAAAGAACUCAUCAUCGUCAACAAUUCCGGCUGACUAUCGGAAACAACGGACUGGAGGACUUUGAAACUGAUUUGCUGGAAGACAUGAGAGCUUUCUUGAACCUCCAUUGUUAUGAGUUGGAAAUACUUCUGCGGGCCAUCAUCACGAUCUCCACAGAGACGGGACAGGACGGCAUGGCGCUCUUCAGGGAUGUCAUCCAUAUCAGACGGCUUUGGAGAAACCCCCCAAGCCUCACUAGGAUCAUCGAGCACCCAGCAAACAAGGACCUGGAGUUUGCCAUCAGGAGCGUGCGAGAUCUUCUCAGCGUCACUGGAGAACCCCCAAUGCCCCAAGAAGAUACCGAGCAGCGACGUCAACACCUGAUAGAUCUGAAAGAACACAAGACGUCACCUAACAGACUUAUUGGUACCGUGUGGGCUUCAAGUGGAACUCAUUACUAUGAAUGGAACCCCGAAUCGCCUCUCCUCGUGAAGGAGGACUGGGCACUGAUUAAGCUCUUCCGCGACGAUAACCAAGAGUUCCGAAACGGGUUCAGAAACCUUUUGCGACCAAAUUUCCCGGAGAACCAGUUCGCCGGUGUGAGGGAGCUUCCUGAGCCCAUCCGUAUCGACGUCACCAAAAGGGGGAGAACCACAGAUCUCACUGCAGGGGUCGUCAACGGCGCCCGAUCUGUCAUCAACCUAGGCCGUGGCAUAAAGAGCGCGUUUGUAAUCGUUUCCAAGCCUCCUAUUACGCAGUUCUUUUCAGCCAAAGGGGACAGCGGAUCGUGGAUCAUGGACAGAGCUGGUCGAUUGGUAGGCAUGAUGUGGGGAGGGCGUGAGAUGUUCGUUCAGAAAACGCAGAAUAAAGUGAUAUGGGGCGACCUUGACGGCUACAAAUCCCAUGAAUUCGACGUUCAGGAUGUUACCUACUUUACCCCCACCAGCUACUUGUUCGGCUGGAUCGAGAAGAGUUUCAAAGAAUGGAGGAACGCAUCUGGGGGGGACCUACCUGAACAUUUCGAAGGGAGAGUUCGGCUUUUUGGUUAG